AAGGGAAAAAGGAAGCCUCAGGAGUGGCAGAUCAUAAUGAUAGUUUGAAAUAUUUAUCCCCUGAAGAAGCUGCAUUACUUUCUCUCCCUGAACACCUCCGGGUUUCUUCCACACACCGAUCUGAAGAGAUGUUAUCUAACCAAAUGUUAAGUGGCAUACCUGAGGUUGACUUGGGCAUAGAUGCUAAAAUUAAAAACAUAGAAGCUACAGAAGAAGCUAAAAUGAAACUUUUAUGGGAGAGACAAAACAAAAAAGAUGGUCCUUCACAGUUUGUACCUACUAACAUGGCUGUAAACUUUGUCCAACACAAUAGAUUCAAUAUGGACAACGAUUCUAAAAAAAGAAAAGUAGAGAAACCUGAAGUUGCAAAGACUGAAACUAAUGUUAUAGAUGAAAAUGUUGAAAAGAUAGUGAAAAAGGCAAAAGGAGAAAGAGCAACUGAUGAUUACCAUUACGAAAAGUUUAAAAAACAGUUUAGGCGAUAUUAAUUUCUGUGUUAGAUCAGGUGUGGUUGAAACAGCAAAUAUGUUGUGUGUUGUCUUCAUCCA